UGAAAAAGGCAGCACACUUUCCAACUGCCUGACUGCUUGUUGGCCUCACCGGUGGGAGCUCCAGCAUCUCCUUUGCUCGAAAUGGACCCCAACUGCUCCUGCGCCACUGGUGGCUCCUGCACGUGCGCCGGCUCCUGCAAGUGCAAAGAGUGCAAAUGCACCUCCUGCAAGAAGAGCUGCUGCUCCUGCUGCCCCAUGGGCUGUGCCAAGUGUGCCCAGGGCUGCAUCUGCAAAGGGGCGUCGGAGAAGUGCAACUGCUAUGCCUGACGUGGGGACAGCUCUGCUCCCAGAUGUAAAUAGAGUAACCUGCACAAACCUGGAUUUUUAAAAAAAUACAACACUGAGCCAUUUGCUUCAUUUCUUUUUAUAUUAAAUAUGUUAAUGACAAUAAAACAAUUUUUACUUGAA